GGCUACGCGGCCGUCAGUGAAUCGGGAGGGGAUGAGCCGGCCGUGUUGUGACGGGUCGCCGAGCCGAGCCUCCUGCUUCCCCGCUCGCCCGAUAAGGAGGAAUUGUGGGUUGCCCCCCGAGUCGAUAGCCGACCACGCGGCCGCCGGCCCUCUCGCCCCGGGGCCCUUUUUAGCCGUCGAGGUGUAAAUGCCUCCGCCCUCUGUACAUACGUACAUAUAUUUUUCAAUCCCAUUGCCCGAUCGCGCUCGCAAGCUGUACCCAAACGCGCAGAUCGAACCGAAAAAUAACGUCGAGUCAGGCUAUGUCAGCUGAUUUUUUUGGCUUGGAAGGAGUUACUUUCCCGAGCGUCUUAUUUCUUUGAUGACGCCACGGAGUUUCUUCUGCGGGGACGCUCGGUCUGCCGGGGCAAUGAGGUUGAUCGACCUCGCGCGUCCGGGAGGAGGUUGCUGAAAUCCAGGAGGACUUCUUCGAGGACCUAGGUUUCCCGCGGGACCAAAAUGGCGGGCGAGGACACGCAGAUGUUGGGAAACGGCGCGGCGGAGACGCUCGCGAUCAUCCCUCCGGGGACCAAGAUGGCGAACGGGGACGCGGUGCUCUGCACCAAGCACAACAACAACGGCUCCAUCCCGAAUGGGAAGAUCCUCGAGAUCACCGCGGAGAACGGGAAGCUGAUCGGGCUGGAUGAGAAGUCCGGCAGCCUCCACACCGAGUUCGACGAGGCCGACGUCUCCUGUGGAUGGGGACCCUGCAGACCCCACUGGUUGCAGUAUUUCGCCACGAAGCAGGCGUUCCUGGUCAUCUUCUGCGUCACUUGGGUGCUUCAGGGCAUGUAUUACACGUACUUCGUCUCUGUGAUUACGACGAUCGAGAAGCUGUUCCAAAUCCAGUCGAAGACCACGGGGAUCAUCAUGUCGGCCACGGAGAUAGGCCAGAUAGGGUCUUCCCUUUUGCUAACGUACUACGGGGGUCAAGGCCACCGGCCGAAGUGGAUCGCCUGGGGGAUGAUCCUCUUCGCCGUGAGCUCCUUCACCUGCUCCAUGCCGCACUUCAUUUUCGGCGAGCAGCUGAUCCACCAGAACGAGCUGCUCUUCAGCGGCGUGGGGCCCGGGGUGGACGAGAACGGCCGCAACACCACCGACCCCGUCCCGGCGAAUCUCUGCAAGUACCAGGAUCGCCCGGAGAACAUGACGUCGGACCCCAACGGGUGGCUCCUGGCGACGACAUCCUCUCAUGCCCAGGGCGACUCGACGGCCUACUGCGAGGGCGAGUUCCUGAAGGAGCAGAGGAUCCAGAGCAAGAUCACGACGGUGGUGCUGGCCAUCUUCUUCGUCUCUCUGCUAGGGGUAGGCAUGGGCCAGACGGCGGUCUAUACUCUCGGGAUCCCCUACAUCGACGACAACGUCGCCAGCAGGGAGAGUCCCCUCUACUUCGCGAUCACCAUCGGUGUCAGGAUCCUGGGACCAGCGCUGGGGUUCAUCCUGGGGUCCCUCUGUACGAUGCUGUACGCGGAUCUCUCAGCAGACCCACAGAUCACGCCGACCGACCCGAGAUGGGUCGGAGCCUGGUGGCUGGGUCUAGUCCUGAUCUCAGCGAUGCUGAUGCUGGUCAGCAUAGGGAUGUUCGCCUUCCCUUCGAGGCUGCCCUCCAGUAGGUCGCCCCCGGAAAGGUCGGACUCGAAGAAACCUAGUCUUAGGGACUUCCCGAAAGCGGUGAAGAGACUGCUGAAGAAUGACAUACUGAUGUUCCGUACAGCCAGUAGCGUGCUGCACAUCCUGCCAAUCGCGGGAUUAUACACUUUCCUGCCAAAGUACCUCGAGAGCCAAUUUCGCUUGCCAGCACAUCACGCGAACAUGAUCUCAGGUGUCGGGGGUAUUUUAGUGAUGGGAUUAGGGAUCAUAAUUAGCGGCGUCUUCAUUUUGAGGGCGAAACCCAACGCCAGGUUCGUAGCGGCAUGGAUAUCCUUCACGGCAGUGGUGUACGCGGUGGGCAUGGGAGUGCUGAUGUUCAUAGGGUGCCCCAUGGACGACUUUGCAGGCCUCAUCUCGCACUCCGACGGAGUGUCCAGCUUCGAGCCCACCUGCGAGGUUCCCUGCGACUGCGACAGGAACAAGUUCAGCCCGAUUUGCGGGGCCGAUGGCAAGACGUACUUCUCUGCGUGUCAUGCAGGGUGCUCCAAUUACACCGUCGUCGAUGGCAAAGUGGCCACGUUCUUCAACUGCCAGUGCAUCGGACAGAACCAGACGACGCAGGAGAUCACGAGCACUGCCAAGACUGGAUACUGCCCCCUCGAAUGCAGCAACUUUUGGGUGUACAUGAUCUUGUUCUCGGUGUUCGUCUUCAUCCACUCUACCAGCGAGGUCGGCUCCAUGUUGCUGAUCUUGCGAUGCGUGGACCCCAGGGACAAGGCAAUGGCCCUGGGGUUGAUACAAUUUGCCAUCGGACUGUUCGGGAACGUUCCUUGCCCUAUCGUUUACGGAGCUGUGGUCGACUCGGCGUGUCUUGUGUGGGAGUACGCUUGUGGAGAACGCGGAGCUUGCUGGCUGUACGACUCCAACGUCUUCAGGAUGUUCUAUCAUGGCACCACGGGUGGGAUCCUGGCGCUGGCCUUCGUGGUAGACCUCGUCGUCUGGUACAAGGCGGGGAGCAUAAACUUCGUGGAGGAGCAGGACGGCGAACAGGGCUCCGCCGAGGAGAUGGCCACUCUGAAGUCUCAGGACGCCCAGGCCGUGGAGAACGACUAUCUAUGAAGGCUAGUUUUAUUUUUCUGGGAAUACCUGUUUAGGCCUGGCCGCAGCGAAAGACUAUUAGGUAUCUCAGGACCAUGGUGGAAGAAUCGACGCCUCCCAUGGAGCAGGUCUCAGGGGCCUCGUUCGCUGACCCGGUAGAAUCGUCGGAGCCAGGUGCUAGUUCGAUCGACAAUUUGGGAGCUAUGUUCCCUCCGGAAGUGCGUCCAAGAGGCCUUUCGUCGGCGUGGAGUUUCGUCAUCGACGGACUUGACCUCGGUGACGGCCUCGUGCUGGUCAUUCCGGCCGUGCGAGUCUUCGACGAGCUCGUCCUUGACUCCGUUUGCUCAAAACUUUCCGCUCUUCCGUGGCACGAGGACGAGAACGAGGCUCUUCCGUCCCCGGAGGAGACCCUCGGGGGAACCCGAAGAGCUCCUCCUUCGGUUGGACCCUGAAGAGCCGCGUCGACCAGUCGGGACACCUUAGAGCGUAAUUACACGAUUAAGCGUUGCCAUAGGUUAGGUUUAUCUUACGUGUAGGUGUAGUCGCUAUGCCUAUAGUGUGAACGCUUACCCUGAAGAGGGGCGUUUGUGAUCUGUACAUAGAGGGGCGACUCUGCUCGCUGCGACCUCGGAAGAGAAACAUCCGACUCCUUUCCUGCCCUCUAAGACCCUGAAGGACGGUAACAGCUCUUGGACCCGUAGGACUUCUUCGGGAUCCGCUUUUACGGAUUACCCUUGGAAGCGCCCUUGGGGCUGUUCCUCCUUCUGGUUCGAAUUUCGAAAAUUCGAAAUCGUAUUUCCAUCUCGCAAGGGAGUUGGGUCGAUUCAGUGCGUCAGGACGUACCACUGCGGCUGCACUCUCCACCGCUUACAGCGGUUGCUACUUCUCUUUUUGUGCGAAUAUCAUUGUUAAUUGCUUUUUAAGAUACGCUGAUACGUUAUUUGAAAACGAUGUUAUAAAUGGCAGGGUCUUGAACGGUGGAGAACGCAUUUGCGGUGGCUCGUUUGGGACUCGUCCCGCGGAACGGUUUUAGUAGGAAAAAGGGAAAGAAAAAACGCCAGGGAAGCAAAACCACGCAAUAAAUUUGAUUUUCGUGCCUAAGUGCAACGGCGCUAUCGCACAUCCCCGGGUGAAACGGCGAGCCCGUGCAUUUAUAUCUCUCGAGAGAUCGAAGUAGUCGAGCGAUCGAAUUUAAUAACGACCCCGGUGCAUCCCAGAGUCCCCGAGCGAUCUUUGACGACGAGAGGAGUCGCGGGUAUGAUCGCCGGCGUGAAAAAAAUAGUAUACGAUGAUUAUAAUCCUAACGCAACACUAUCGUUAUACCUUACCAUGCAUAUGCAUAUAUACAUAUAUAUAUAUAUUUAUCUACGCAUAGAUUAUAUAUGAUAUAUACACGGACACAGGAAACUCGAUUCAGAGAGCCGUCGGUCAUUCCAUUCGAACAGUCGUUACGGUUUCUCCUAUUUCCUCCUCGUGGUUGAGAGUGGAAAUAAAAAAAAAAUGCCGCGCAUGUAAUGGUGUAUACUCGCGUUAGGUACGUUAGUUUAAAUAAUUAAGCAUCGCCGAUCAGUCUCUGUGCCCGGAUCGACCUCGUUGAAUCAUCCCCUAGAGCUGGUGGGUGUCGUCCCAUUCGUGGAAACGCGAAACGAGCGCAGCAUUAGUCAACGUAUAAACGGAUCGGGAAAUUAGGGACAUCCGAAACGCAUUUCCUGUAAAAUAGUACUUUACCACACACAUGAGAAUUACGUAUUUCAUCGUCAAGUAGUCUGUUAAAGAGUGGCUGCGUGUAUUGCGGAUUCGAGGGAAUGGGAAACGGUGGGAUUAGGGGGAGAAAUUCGAGAACAAUAGGGGAAGGAAUUUCGCUGUUUCCACGGCACUCGGAAAAUUCGAGGUAACGUCGAAUCUCCAGUGUCGUCCUCUUAGGCACUACCGUCCGUCUCGUUUGCGGAGGUGUACUUGCUCGUGUACGCAAGUACCUGUGUACGGUUCGUUUCGAGUGGUGCACGUAAUCGUAGAUGUUCACCGCGGGUCUUUAAUUAGAACGACAGGGCCGAUUUUCAUAAAUUUCGACGGCGCAAGGAUGGAAGAGUAAUUGCGAGAUACAUACAACAUAUUUUUAGAUGAUUUGACGCAAAACAAAAGUAAUAAUUAUAAUGUUACGUGGGGGAGGACGGGGACAAAAGGGGGGGUUAAUGAUGAAUAAUACACAAAGGUGGGUUAAUAAAAAGUAUAGUAAGAGUAUUUUAAUAUCGUACGUUUUACACAUGCUCGUCGAUGUAUGCAUUGUCUGCCCGCGUGCUUAAGAGAGUAUCCCGAAGAUGUUCCGGACAGGAAGUGGGUCCUUUCUUGAAGGACCUUCGAGGAAACACGAGCACAGGGUUGCCACCGAAAUGGAAAAUUAUUUAUUCGCAUUCAAUUUUAUACCUCGUAAUAUUUUAUUGCACCGUAGAAAAUUUUCGAUACCUGGGAGGCUCGGUUGUACGAUAUAAUUUUUUUUUAAACAAUUGAUACUCGGGAAGGGAAUGUUUAACUGAUUUUUUUUUUUUAUUUAAAAAAUCAGUCUCUAAGGCAACUCUGCGGCAUCUCAUCGAUGCUCGACCUGUCCUCAUGGCUGCGCGUUUCCGGUUGGGAAUUUAAAUCAGGUUCAACGUCGCGGUAAACUAUCUUGCGAAUUGUAAUCGAUUCAGGGCAUUACCAUUAUGCUACGUCUAACAAAGUUUCGUCGAUCGGUACUUGACCGACGUUUCCUGGCUGUUUUUAUGAGUCUCGAGUCUUGUCCACCCUAAAACGAACCUCUGAGACAUGUGACCUCCGAAUAUGCACAAUCUCCCCUGAUUCGGUUCUCCUUUGACUAAUUUUUAUUGCCAUCAUUCCUGGAAUUGUAUAAAUUGAAAGUGGCGGACAAUUUCUCGGGGCCGUAGGAGCAGCGCGGGAGGCGCAGAAAUAUCCAUAUUUUUUGAGAGAUUUACGUUGUGGAGAUCAUGCGACCUCUUUUCUCUCCGACAUAAGAUGACGAAUAAAGUGUCACGGGAAUCCAUGUCGACCGGGAGGUCGAAACUCGAGGCCAAGUACCGACUAACGACGAUACGCGAUUAACCAGGAACGAGCGAGAAACGGUAGUUGCAUAGUGGCUCCAUACAGUAAGCGACCACGACCGAAGCAUGACAAAGUCUCUGAGUAAUAGUAGUAAAACGCGACGACAGGAGUAAAUCUAGUAAUAGGGGUAGCGAUAAAAUAAAAGUAAAGGGUGAAGUUAAAUGCAGAGAGUACGGGAAGGCACUACGUAGAGCGAAUUCCCGGCUUUUCGAGGACGCCACGCCGAGCCGAGAAAUGGCCGCCGCGGCGGUUCCGGUUGGUAAAUGACGACACUAUUUUUUUUACCGCCUCACCUAAGCGUAGAAACACGCGACGCACUUAUAUUCUACACAUAGGCCGCGCACCUUUGUUUAGGCAUCGUACGUAAAAUGUUAAUCGAGCGAACUAUUUAAUUCGUAUUUAAGUCAGGGAAGUGGUCUAAGAUCGAGCUGACAGCGGAGCGACAUUUUUCAUUGACACGGUUGACCUCGCGCAUUAACAAUUAACGAUAUUUUUACAGGAGUUUCUGUUGCUCAUACGGGUCGCUAGCGGCCAAGGCGGGGACAGUUCCAGGGGAGUUUUCGAUCGUUAGGAAAAGUCGAGGCGGAGCGAGGACCUCCCUGUGACUCUCCUCUGCCGAGGCCGAAUCAUAGUUUAUAUACAUAAAUAUAUAUAUAUAUACAUAAAUUCCUAUUGUUAAUACGGAAGAAUAGUUUCUGCACAGUCUCUGUUGAUAAUACGGGUCACUAACAGUGUCUCUUUUAUUGUUACGGCAACAAUGUCGACAAGUGUUGCUCCGGUGUGUGGACGCGGCAGUUGUCGUAUCUCGCUCCUCGAUUCGGUUGUGACCGCGCUCCAGCUCCGACAGGGCAACCGGAAAAGGAAGGAAAUAACAAAUAAUAAUAGUACAUUACACGGUAUAGCGCUAGUAAUAAUAGUAUUAAUCGGAACGAUAUAAGAAACAAUAAUAUUCGUCGCCCUCUCGAGAUUCGUAUUUUUGUAUCUAACUCUAACGCAAGAGCAAGGUGUAUUUUAAUCGUCGCGCGAGACGACCAAGUUACGUCAAUCUCGUUCCUAUUCUGCGGAGUCGGGCGAAGAUGGCUUGGAGGCGAUCAGUGGCGGCUUCUGCUUGUACCCAGUGUUCGCUCUGUCCUUGUCGCCCUCGCGGCCCGUAGGUGGGGCGCGAGAGAGACAGAGCGACCACGCAGCGAGGAAACCGCUUCGCUCGUCCCUGCUAUGCCGACAUCGUCUUCGUCGUUAUUCGGUCGAUUUCCACGUGUGCUCUGUACAGCAAUUAUUUUCCCGCCACUGCCUUUCCAUGCUGCCGCGAUCGUCGAGCUUAAGUUUUGUAUCCGAGGGCAGUCGCUUCGAGGCUUCUCCUACAAAUCUUGUAAUUAAACCCACACGGUCGGCGUGGAGAAGCUUCGCGAGUGACUCUUCUCGUCUCUCUUCUCGUGACGUUUUGGCACAGGAGGGAACGACUUUACGAAGACGUCGCGCGUAUUCAGAGCCGAUUUCUUCGGGACGAGUUUUGGCUCCUCCAGUCAAUCUGUGGGAAAUUGACUCAAUACCGCGAAUUCGCCCUGGAUGAGGCGGUCUGCCGUUCACUGCACUUCCGGUUUACUUCUCGAAGAAGGGAUUCUUCGAGUCGCCUCCAAAAUCUAUAUUGCGAGCGUAGAGUCCAAGAUAGUUCACAAUUAACCGUUUACCAUAGCGACCGAGAAUACUUUAUUUCCGAAAAGGUUUACAAUGUAAAUAAGAGAGUACAAUAAUUGCCAAAUUAAGGAGGCUCGGGGGCAAAAUGGCGUGGGACCGCGUCCCGGAACGUGCCCUAAAUUUUCAUUUCUGUCGUCAGUCAAUUUUCCUCCCGCAUCGCCAGACAAUCGAGAAAAGUAAUCCAUCUUUAUUACUCCGAUUACCAUUACGCCCUUACUCCUCCGCUCGUUACAAUGGAGAAAUAUUAAUGCCAUUUUCCUCCGAGCGCCAGAUCUACAGGACGUCUAUUUACCAGUAUACCGGUUAAUUUACAUAUUCGGUAGCUGACGAUUUCUCAAAAAUGGACACUCGGGAGUGACCAAACUGUGAUUUCGACGAUCGGUCCAAAAAUCUCGUCCAUUUAACGGAAAUCGUUGAGCCCGUCAGUGCGCAACGCCGUUGUGAAAUUACGAAGACUUGUACGAUUUGCACGGUCGACGUCUCGACAAAUUGUCAAUUCCAGGGUACACUUUGCACAUUCCUCGUUCUAGCAUUUUCGUCCCUCCACGUCGAGUCCGUUUCUCUUCUUUUCUUCGGGGACACUUUGCAUUUUGAGGGGAUCCAUUCUGUUUGAUGCUAAACUGUGAAAAUGUGAAAACGCCGUCGAUUUCCCCCUACGAGCUCGUUUUUGUGAUUUCGCAGCAACAAGGCACGCGCACUUACCCUCGGUUUAAAGUUAACGAUACUUUUCCCUUUCCCAAUUGCGAGUGAAAACGACGAAUCUAAGAGGAGGUCGCUAAAUACUACGACACUAUACAUAUAUUUUAGUAAAAGGAUUUAUCGAAUUAACACUAACGAACACCGUAGAGUACCUUCGCGGCUCCGAGAUACAGAUUCACCUAAUUACCCGGCAUAGUUGUUUUAAGUGAACCCAUAACUAGUCUCUAUAAAUAAUAUACAUAUUUCUGUGUAUAUUAUACAUAUAUAUGUGUACCGCAUAUGUAUAUGUGUAUAUAUAUGAAGGCGCAAUUAAUGGUUUAACGCGAGCGGACGCACCGGACGAAGUUAACGUACGCAUUGUAAAUAAUUAUACGAGUAUAUAUAUACAGAGAGAGGUUGAGAGAGAGAGAUGCGAGGAUUAUAAUUGCCAUUUACGUGCACGCGUAAUUACACUACGACCACUAUUACCCUAAUUAUUAUUGCUACCAUUAACAAUUUUAUUACUAAUGCUAGAGAACUUUUUGUUUCGACGUAAUCGUUACAUUUAUCUAUGCGCAUUCGCGAUGACGAUUUUGAACCUUAUACAUAUGUUUUUAUAUGAUUAAUAUAUAUAUAUACUAUACUCUAGAUACUAUAUAACGAAAGAACGGACACGCGUGUCAGGUCUGUCGAAGUCAGACCUAACUUGUAACAAGACUUGUGGGCAUGUACUUUUCGGGCGAAUUGCGCGUUCUUUGAGAAUUGCCGAGGGAUUUGGACGAUUUUUAAUUUUUUUUUUAUCUUUACAUCUACCUUAACUGUUUUUACACUCUCGACGAGUUGUUCUUUAUCGGCUCCUUAUCGUUUGGUACGGUCUCCGAUGAUUCUCUCUUUUUAAUUGUAUUUCACUCUUCAUGCCCGAUCUCUCGUACGUAUGUACACUCGACAUUUCAUUAUUUUCCGACAUCUUUUUAAACAAAAAUCUGUAAAUAAGUACACUAAAACGAGGGUCCCGAAAGUCAUAAGAAUUCGAACAAACGUCCGAUAAAAGGUUCGCACUUCCAAUUGCUCAAUCGAUCGAAGUGCGCGGAAUUACCCUCGCGUCUCCGAAGUGAUCUCUGAUUUUUCGUUUUUUCUCACCCCCCCGACUUUUUGUAAAACUCUUGUAAAAUCCUUUCUCCGCAUUUCGUGAAGUCUCUUUAUCUCGCCGCGAGGACUCGGCUUUAUCUUCCCGGUGAACAGUCCAGAGAAAUCGAUAGGGUCUAAAUAAGUUUACAUCACAGGGGAUAAAUGGUUGUCCUUUGGGUAUAAUUAUAGAUUUUUCGCGUCUAAUUAUCCUUUUCGGCGCCGUUCGUACGGUACUUCCGGUGACAUCACGUCGCUGAUAUUCUGGAUUGACGAAAGGGGAGGAAAUUAAAGGGGAAAUGGAAAGAACAAACCAGAUGCGCUCCUUUUCUCGGGUCCUCGCUCGAUCCUUAUCAGGGGUCCUGGCGAGGACCCCCGAAAAAUGGCGACCGCCAGGACCCUCUUGGUAUCAUGAAAUAUGAACAUCACUGAUGUACCUCUCGCGUCUCGUAGUUUAAUUAGCCCACGGAUUACCGGCCGAGGUGGACUCUUCGAGAGUCCUUUUCGUGGAUCCUUUUUGUACAUAAGACGCGUGCAAGGACGAGAGGCCGCUCGUCCUGCGAGGCGACUUUUCCUUUUGUACAUAGACUCGAUUUAAUCUCGAUCCUUGAGGAGGAAUCCUUCGGGAGGUCCUUUCGUGUCCUUUGUACAUCUCUUUACCUCUAGCCCGUGUCCUCGAUAGCCGCCAUCCUGGUAAUCCGUGGUUUACGACUGAUCAAGCAGCACGCAAGGGUGAAACCGGCGUAUUUUGUAAUUAUAUCGUCAUCACACAUUGUUUGUAAUUACACGAGUUAAGGAAUAUGAAUUUGUUUAUAUAAUAAAAGGCGAGUGCCAUAAUUCAGA